CAGAGAAGGAGGCUGACUUGAGGGACUCCUUUCUGUCUCUGACUCAAUCCAGACUUUGUUAGACUUCCGCACUAGACUACAAAUGGACGACGGAUGGACUGAGUUCAUGGUUCUUGGCUUUGGGCUUUGUUCUGGAAUGUUUCUAGGACCUGCAUAAGGAGGAGGGGGUGGAUUUAAGGAAAUCAUCCUUCGUGCUUUAAAGCCACCACGUAGAAGAAGUGAGAGAAUGGGGGCAGGAGCACUCACCAUUUGUCACAACAAAACAGCCGUGCAGAUCAGGAUCAGGGAGGACAUGAAGAAGAUGGUCCAACUGCCUGUGCUGAAGAACCUGCCGACUUCUGCCACAGCCGGAGAUGAGAGAGGUCCAAGGGUGUUCGGCGUGGCCCUGAUGGAGCUGAGCAAACUGGGAUUGGUGAAGGACGGCGUGCCCUCGGUGUUGAGGAGCAUGGUGGAGUACAUCAGACAGCACGGACUGCAGCAGGAAGGUUUGUUCCGUGUGAGUGCUAGCGUGCGUGCUGUGGAGAGUCUGAAGCAGAGGCUGGACAGGGGAGACGAGGUGGAUCUCGAGCAGGAGGCUGAGGUCUGCACCGUGGCCAGCUUGCUGAAGCUGUACCUGAGAGAGCUUCCUGAGGGCCUCGUUCACUCCUCCAUCCACAACAAACUCAUUCAGCUGUAUAACGAAUCCAGUGAGGAUGAGUUCUGUAAGAGCAUUCAAGAACUCCUGAUAAAGUUACCAGAUGUUCAUUACAGCGUCCUGCGUCACCUGUGCCACUUCCUCACCCAUGUGGAGCAGCAGCAGUGCCACAACAGGAUGACUGCAUUCAACCUGGCAACCGUGUUCGGCCCCAAUGUUUUCCAUGUGUCUCCUAGUUUUGAAGGCAUCCAGGAGCAGGAUGUCUGUAAUAAGAUCAUGGCCAGGCUGAUUUUGAACUACAGUGCCAUCUUUGAGCCAGAUGGCGGACAGGAGCUGGCCAAAACCAAGCCUUCAAACAUCAUCGUGGUCAAAGAGGCCCUCAUAGACAUAGCACACACAGAUACCAUGUCAACAUCCUGUCUGACACCAAAAGCACCCACUCCACUUCCCAGAAAGAAGAAGGCCACACGGAGCUGUGCAGUCGAGGACAAGGUCUCACAGAGAGAAAAAGAGUUGAGCCUAGAAGCCCCAGUACCCACGCCAAGAAAAAAGAAGGUGAAGAGGGUGAUAGGUGAAGCAACACUGAAAUCAGUACCCCAGCCUGUUCCUUUGACAGGUCUUCCCUUCUCCAGACAUUUAUCCCAGCCUCCAGUUCACAGAGCUGAAUCUCGACUCCACACCCUGGACUGGAGCUCUCACGACGAAAGCAUGGAUCUGAAACCUCCUAAACUCAGCCCCAUCGGGAGCAUGGACAAUGUGAGCAACUCUCAGGAGGAUGAAAGACCAAUAUCUCCUUUCUAUGUGAGCUCCCAGCUCUCUUCUGGUCAUUACAGGCCUGACUUAGCACAUUAUCUGGAGAAGACGAUCCGCUCAGCGGUGGAGCAGCACCUCUUUGAUGCUCACAUGCAGCCAGAUCAGAGUUUACAACAGUGCUCCGAGGCAGCAGGUCAACCUUCGUUUCCCGCAACCACAACCACGGCUCGUCAGAAAAGGCGACAUCAAAAAGAGCAGGAGGAGAACCGAGAGAGGGGCAGGAAUGGCAUUGAUAAGGAGAACAUCCCGUCUCGUGGGCUGAGCAGCAGUGCUAGCGUUAGCAUCAGCACCACCGAGGAGAGUGAGAGGAGGCUGGCGUCUGCUGCUGAUGAGGACUCCAGGUCCAGGAAACCCAAACAGAGCCCUACCUUCACCGAGCUGUCUCAUAACAAAGGCUCACUCAGUCAUCACAGCUCACCCAAAUCACAUGACAGAAACAUGGCAGAUACUGUGGAGCCUACACAUAACAGGGAAGCAUGGAAAACAAACAACUCAGCUCAUCCCAAGACGCCUGCCAUGAAGAUCCAGGAGGCCAUCAACGGCCCGGAGCCUUCAGACGGCUGCGAGGACGUUCCUCGACUGGACCUGUCCGCUCUAAUGGAGGACAACAACUGGGGAGAACCAGUGCCAGCGUACAGAGACAACAUGGACAGUGAAGAAGCUCACCUCUCACCCCACACCGGGGGCAAAAUGAUCCGUCAGCUGCUGGAGGAAGACUCGGAUCCCAUGCUCUCACCACGCUUCUACGCCUAUGGGAAAUCGCAGCAGUACCUGGACGACACCGAGGUCCCUCCCUCACCGCCCAACACACAUUCUUUCAUCAGCCGGAGGCGGAGUUCUUCGCUAGGCUCGUGCGAGAACGAAUGUGAGGAGCUCACGUCGACGCAGCUCUCUAAAAAGAUCCACAGCCUCAAGAAAAAGAUCCGCAAGUUUGAGGAAAAGUUUGAGGAAGAACGCAAAUACAGGCCGUCACACAGUGACAAAGCGGCCAACCCCGAGGUCCUGAGGUGGAUGAAUGAGCUGGCCAGGCUUCGCAAAGACCUCAAAGAGCACAGUCUGCUGAAGUCAGAGGAAGAUUUGGCUCCUUUGCCGAGGCAGCGCAGCAACACGCUUCCCAAGAGCUUCGGUUCUCAGCUGGAGAAGAAAAGCAACGAGGCCAAGACGCCCAAACCGCCUGUGGAGAGCACGCUGGAGACGGUGAUGAACAAACUGCAGGAGAAACGCACAGAGACCGGUCGGCCCGAGAACAUCAAGGACAUGACCAGAGAACAGAUUGGUGCAGAGAAAGUAGCUCUGCAGAAAGCGCUGCUGCAUUAUGAAGGCAUCCAUGGCAGACCGAUCACAAAGACUGAAAGACAGCUCAUGAAGCCGCUGUACGAUCGAUAUCGCCUCGUCAAACAGAUCCUAUGCAGAGCGUCCACCAUCCCAGUCAUUCAGGGUUCUCCGUCCAGCAAGCGCCGAGGCCCUCAGCUGCAGCCCAUUAUCGAGGGGGAACCCGCUCUCUUCUUCGACCACGGCAAGGAGGAAGAGGACGGCUCGGAUGAAGACAACGACAACAGGAUGCAGUUUGCGCAGCUGACGGUGCGUCCGGAGCUGAGCAUGCUGGGAUUUCUGGACCACCUGGAUGAGGAGGUGGACGGUUUCAUUUCGCCCGUAGACGAGUUGUCGCCUUCGAAGAACAGCUCCGACAUGAGACUGUCCAACCUGCACUCUGCCACCAUACAGGAACUGGUGGAGCAGCUCCAGGAAGCUCGAGAGGAAAAGAAAAGACUCCGAAAGAACUUGCGCGAAUUCGAGGACCAGUUCUUCAGGCAAAACGGCAGAAACGUGCAGAAGGAAGAUCGCUCGCCCUUGGCGGUGGAAUACAACGAGUACAAGCACAUCAAGGCCAAGCUGAAGCUGCUGGAAGUCCUGAUCAGCAAAAGAGACUCCUCGAAGCUCAUCUAGCAUCCAGCGUUGAGGAAAAAAAAAGCACAAGGACAAGCAGACUCUGCUCAUGCUAAAGCUAAAUAAGCUCAUUGACAGCCCUCCUGUCGAAGUCGCACAUUGGGUGGCCAUCUGUAGCGAACAGAUUCGGCUGAAGAAGAUGCCCCUCCUUCCUCCUGCUCCUCCUCCUCCACCACAAACCCUGUUGGAUUUCUCUACCACUAUUCACACACGCUCAGAGUGAUACGAGUGAUCUCACGCUCCUUCUGCUGGACUGCAAAACAGAUGUCAUGUAUCUCAGUCUCAGUAUCCCAUCAACCAAUCAGCUACGGCUUUCAUCAACCAAACUUCCACGUUAAUCACCGACAGAUCUCACGUCUCUCACACUCAUGGUGGUAUUAUAAUUAUACAGUAUGUGUAAUAGAUUUGAUUACAUACCGUGUUGUAUUUAUUAGUCCAACCCUUCAGUUUUAAUAGAGCGUCUGUUUAAUCAGAAAGGAUUAGAAACAUUUCCCAGGAUAACGGACCUCUUCGUUUUUGAUGACACGAUAUUAGAUUUGCGGAUGAUUACCGCUACACUGCCAGUCAAACGUUUUUAAACACCUGGAGGUUAUGUUUUAGAUUUAGAUAGAAGAAAGAAAAAAAAAAAAAAAAAGAAAAAAUACAUGACACUUUUUAUGUGAGGAUUAUAUUGAUACUCACAACCUAGUGGUUUGCGAGUGGCGCAACAGGAAAGCAUGAGCCCGAGUUUUCUGGACGAGAGGGAUGUCGUUACUGUCUCCCUGUCAAUCACGGCGAAAUCAACCAAUCGUGGGCAUGCGAGAGCUCGUGAAUGAGGAAGAGAGCGGAUAGGACUUUCCUCCGAGUGUGGUACGCGACUCUGAAUCGACUUCUGGAAACAAAAAGAGAAGUCGAUUUUGUGGCUGCGAUAAACACAGUGUUUUAAACUACUUACUUAUCCAUCCAUCUUAUCCUACCUACACAGGGUCAUGGGGAGCCUGGAGCCUAUCCCAGGGAACUCACGCCACAAGGCAGGGGACACCCUGGACGGGGUGCCAACCCAUCGCAGGGCAGAAUCACACACAUUCACAUUCACAUACACACACACACACACACUACUGACAAAUUAGAUUCUCUAAUCAACCUACAAUGCAUGUCUUUGGAAUGGGAGGAAACCAGAGUACCCGGAGGAAACCCCUGAAGCAUGCACAGGCAGGGCGGUGGCAGGAUUCGAACCCCCAACCCCGGAGGUGCGAGGCGAACGUACUCGGCACUAAGCCACCCUGCCCCCAACUAGUUAUUUAUGUAGUUAUCUAAUUAUUUAUUUAGCACAGACUCCGUGUUCAGUGCUCGGGUGAUUUUUCGUUCUAAGCACGCUUCCUUUAACACCGCAUGCCCUCAACAUUUUAUUUUGUUCCUUUAAUUAAGCACAACAAAUUCGCUCCGAUUUACCCCUCAGCAAUCAAACGAAGAGGUAUAACCGCACCGUUAAUCAGACUAGUGAUGUUCAAAGACAUUUGACUGGCAUUGAUUUAUUUUUAUUUCUUAAAUCACAAGAGGGAUUCUGUGUCUGAAAUCAACAAAAUGAGAGAAGGUUAAGACAAUUAUGGGAACUUCAGGGAAACAACAACAACAACACUACAUUUUACCGUUUGUGAAUUUCAUCAUAAUGUGCCAUAUUUCACACAUUUCUGUUCGACAUAUGUAUAAAUGUCGCAGCUGUUAACAAUGUUGCAUUUAAAAACAACAACAACAACAACAACAACAACUCUAUAUUGUAUUCUUUCAUGCUUUCUCUGUGCAGUCAUUUGCUCAGUGUAGCCAAAGCAGGUUAUUUAGCGACAAUCAGUUCAUACCAUUUUCCUUUAGUCUUUUCAUACGUCAUGUGGCGAAGACGCACAAUAUCUCCACCGGAGAUAACCAGCGAAGCUGACGUGUGUGUGUGUGUGUGUGUGUGUGUAUUAUUUGUUAUUGACCGCUGUAACCAGCUUUUAUUGUAAAGUCACUGUAUAACAAUGACAUGGGCCAACAGCGUCACAGCAACCUGGCUGCCAUUUCUUAUUGCAGAGCGAUAGUUCUAUAUAAGAGAGAGAGAGAAAGAGAGAGAAAGAGAAUAGGUUUGGAUAAUAUAGAUUCAGAGUUUUAAAAAAAAAUAAUAAAAAUAAAAAAAAGGCAUGAUAGUCUCUCCUGUUGUUCUCUAAAAACAAAUAUUUUGCAGUGUGACCUUCGUUUUUACUGAACGUGAACACUGAUUGGUUAAUAAUGAAUAAGGGUGUGUACAUUUUAGUACAUGAUUUAUUUGUAUUUUGUAUAUAUGAAUUAAAGCAAAACCUAUUUUUACUGAA